CUCGUCUAUCUCUUCUCUGAAUUUCUUACAACUACUUGCUUUCUACCCGUAAAAUAAACAAAAUGCCACUUUGUAUCGAAUGCGAAUUUUUGGUAGGGCAGUUGUUCUAUCCUAAGGACUGGCAGUUUCGGAAAAGGUUACACAGAUCAUGGUUGGACGAGUCUUGUGAAUUAUGUAACCUUUUCCCUUCUCAUCGGAGUGGCCAGCAUCGGGAUAUAAAACCAGAUAUAUGUGACGCUCUGGCUUCACUACUCGCACGAGGCCACAGCGGUGUGGCUAUUGCGUUUGGGUUUUCGUCUGCGGGUUCUUAUAUGGAUUCGCUUCAAUUCCUAGCCGAACCAAGUAGCGAAGCUUUUAAAAGUGGCGAUAUAACCGGGGCACUUCUCGAGAACACAGGAUCCAUUGAAUCGUUAGGGCUUGUUGUCGGUUGGUUCGAUUCUUGUCGGCGAGACCAUGAUGGUUGCUGUUCAACACUGGGGGGGCAGCGCCUAGAUAAUGCGCUACUGCUCCCAACCCGGAUCCUCUAUGUUGGGUCUUCGGAUGAUAAUAUCGUGAAAUUGGUAGAGACUUGGAAUUGGUCUAGGAAAGAGGAGCAAUGGGCAGCUUUGAGCCAUUGCUGGGGCGGUAAGAUGCCAAUAUCUACCACCCACGCAACACUGCAGAGCCACAGAGAGGGAAUAGCACUCUCAGAGCUCCCUCAAACAUUUUGCGAUGCUGUCAAAGUCGCCCGAGCUUUAGGACUAGAGUACCUCUGGAUUGAUAUGCUUUGUAUCAUCCAAGACGACCCUGAGGAUUGGAACAGAGAGUCGGCUCGAAUGGGAUAUGUGUAUGAAUGCGCUGAAAACGCAAAUCAGGGAUGUUUCGUCAACAUGGGUCAUCAAGGAUCAAUGGUAGAACUACCGUACAUCAAAAAUAAUGUCCAGCUAGGACGAUUCUUCGCCUCCAAAGCACUGGAUUAUGGCGGAUCAAGCGCGUUUGCCCCCCUUAUUGGCAGGGCAUGGGCGCUUCAGGAACGAGCUCUUGCGCGAAGGACGGUCGUUUAUACUUCUUCAGGAGUCUGGUGGGAGUGCCGCAACAAUAAAAACCUGAGGGUUCAGGCAUGACGGUAGUCUUACCGGUGCUUACUGGGGAGGAUUUGGUGGAAACCUUUGGGAAGAAGAGGGUUGGUUACGUUUGCUCCGAAAUUAUCUCGAAUGUUCCCUGACUGUGCCAACGGACAAUCUUGCGGCUAUACACGGUAUAGCUACACGC